AUGCCCCGCGUGAACCGCAGUGUCUCGUUCGAUUAUCAGGACUACAUGGACCAGUUCCCUAUUGCAGCUUCUGUCGAUGAUUUAUAUCGUGGACGAGCGAGCGGAGGAUUUUUCGCGUCAACGAGCUUUUCAGACGAGUCGACAGGUGGCGAUGGCUCUUCGUCUUCGCGCGCGAGUCCUCGGCGGGCGAGUAGUCCGUUAGGUUUUGGUGGCUUUGGACCUCGGAGUCCAUUGAUGUUUGCGUUCGACCCGAUGGAUGAUGUACCAGAGCACCACACGCCUCUGGUUCGACACAACUCGAUUGCAGAAACAAAAGAAGAAGAAACGCCACCAAUAAUUCCGACAGCAUCCCCCCCAGCCGCAGUAGGCAAGUACGUCCCUCGUUAUCUACGGAACCGCAGCGCUGCAGAGGCGACUUCACCUCCUCCUCUUCCGGUCGAUUUAUCCCCACCCCAGGAGCCUGCGCCUGCUCCUACUGCUGGUCGUUGGGUACCUCGCCACCAGAGAGAAGGGUUCGCCGAGAUGCAGCCAAUCGAGUCGUUCUCCAUCAACACCCGCGACUCUUUUCACGAGCCUUUCAACGAAGACAGCUCGAGUUACUCGACGGGUGAUGACGUUCAUGGAGUGACGUCGCUGCUGGGAGUUCGGUCAGCAAUGGAGGAUGUUUGCUGUUGUAUCCCCGACCUCAACGCACACUUGAAAGAUGACGAACCUCAUCAUCAGAGGCAAUCGUUUUAUGCUUUAUUUGAUGGCCAUAGCGGCGUUCGGGCUGCGACCUUUUCCAACCAACGACUGGUACAAUAUGUGAUUUCACAUGAAGCUUUUAUGUCGGAUACGCGUCUGGCCUUUGAGGAAUGUUUUUCGCGGAUCGACAGAGAAUUUCUACAAAAGGCAGAGGAGGAGAGUCUGGAUGAUGGCACUACAGCAGCGGUGGUGCUGAUUCGGGGCAACCGGCUGAUCACUGCGAAUAUUGGAGACUGCAGGGCAGUUGUCAGCAUCGGUGGUCAGGCUCUGGAUAUUAUUGAAGAGCAGACACCAGGACGCCCAGACGAGCGAGAGCGGAUCGAAAAGCAGGGAGGGUGGGUGAAAGAAGAGCGUGAACUGCAGCUCUCUAAGCUCCACUCGAUGGAUUUAAGCGACCCGGAGAUCCAACAGCGUGCUGAGCGGGUAGUCAAGUGGGUGACAAUCUACCGAGUGAACGGCGAGCUGGCUGUGUCUCGCGCUAUUGGUGAUAUUGAUUAUAAGGGCGAGGCCCUAUUCAAAUACGAGUACUGGGCCUUUCCUGAGGGACACGACCGAGUAUUUCGUGGCGAUUUGGUUAUCUCGGUACCAGAGUGUCAGGAAAUCGAGAUCACCCCGGAGUUUGACUUCCUUAUUCUGGCAUGUGACGGCUUGUGGGACACUAUUAAGAGCAAGGAGGCUGUCAAGUACGUCGCUGACAGACUAAACGAAGGUUACUCUGCUAAGCAAGCCAGCCAGUCUCUGGCAAACUUGGCCAUUCGGUCAGGUUCGUCCGACAACGUGUCCGUCGUUAUUGUAUUGCUCAACACGGAGCAGACCUCCAGCUCAAUAGAUGCGCUUUCAAGGCAGUGAGAGAACGAGAUUCAUCUUCAUAUCAUGCCAAACGCCUCAUCCCUCGCCAACCAAGUCUUACAAGUAUAGGAAAAUGUCUCCACGGCCAGAUAAACUGCUUUUUAAGU